AUGAACCCUCCUAGCAAAACAAAUCUCUCAACCGGCGCUGCAGAAUUAUCGUCAGUGAUUCUUCAACAACAAGAUCUGCACCAACAACGUCAGAGCAUUCAGGAGCAAAGGAUGUCAUUACAAACCAUCAACUUCUUUGCCAGUUUGCAAAAGACUUGUAUGGCGAAACAACAAAGAUCAGAUAUGGACGGAAUGCCAAACAAGAAUCGUGUCAACGCACUAGCCGGAAACGUUUUGGGAAACUCGACUGUUAACAAGGCGUUGAUGCAACACAAUGGUCCUAGAUCAGCGGAUGUCAUCGGAAUGGCACAUGGUGAAGAAAUGCCCACGAAACAACACAAUACUCAUCGGAUUUCGGGAUCGCCUGCUGUCACACCUCCGCUCAGAUUCAGGGACAAUCAUAAUGCUACUGCGUUUCAAUUCUACCCAGCCAACGUUGCUAGUUUGAUGGUUCAAGCUGGCAGAACCAGCAUGCGGAACUUUCCUACUGGAAGCUGGUCAUAUAUGCAGCCGCAGCAAUCUCGUCACGAAAGCUUGAGCGAUGUGGAGUAUAAGCACAGUCAAUCGUCACUUCAGUCAUCACCUCCGAUCGAUCACGUCUCCAGCAUUGACGUUUCACGGCAGAAAUCGGUAGGCAAAGAGGGUGAUCAGCAACGAAACAAGGAAAAUAUUGGCUUGGAGAAGCGUUAUCGAAGUGAGCCCGAAUUGAAGGUCGACCGUUUUAUGACAAGGUGCUAUGAGCAGGCUUCACCAUCAUCUACAUUGUUCGAUGACAAAGGACAUUUCAAGGUUUCGCAAAUGGAUGUGCUUAGCGAGAAAAUUUGGUCCUUUCACAAUUCGAUGACACAGACGGAUACGACACUGAGCCGCAAGCUUUAUCUGCGAGAUUUGUUAUACUACGUGAUAUGCCCGAUCUUUCCAAUGUGUGGUCUUUACGUGGUGGGUUCAUCACUGAAUGGCUUUGGCAACAACACCUCCGACAUGGAUGUUUGCCUGAUGAUUACAAAUCACGAUCUUGAUCAAAAGAAAGAUGCGAUCGUGGUUUUGAAUUUGGUCUUUACAUCACUCAACAAAGUCGAAUGGAUUGCCGAACAACAGCUAAUCUUUGCCAAGGUACCAAUUCUUCGAAUCAAGUUUCAAGCACCUUACUCCGAUAUCAUUGUCGACUUGAACGUGAACAAUUCUGUGGCCAUCAGAAACACGCAUCUUCUUUCUUACUAUUCGAACUUUGAUUGGCGCAUUCGUCCACUCGUAACCAUCGUGAAAGAAUGGGCAAAAAGAAAAGGAAUCAAUGAUGCAAAUCAAUCUUCAUUUACCUCUUACUCGCUAGUUUUGAUGGUUAUUCAUUAUCUGCAAUGCGGUGUCGAGCCACGGUUGCUUCCAUCUUUGCAAAGGGCCUUUCCGAAGAGAUUCAAUGGAAACAAUGACGUCCGCUCUUUGAAUGUGACUAUGAUGCUGCCACCGAUCGAGAAUUGGGACUACAACGAUAAAAUUACCCUCGGCGAGCUGCUAAUCGGUUUCUUGGAUUAUUACGCGAAUCAAUUUGAUUACGAUACUGAUGCUAUAUCAAUUCACGAUGGCGUCAAAAUCGAUCGACGUGCUAUUGUUUCACAACAGCUGCCUAGACAUGGGUCAAGUCAAGCGGCAAUUGGGUCAGGAAGUUGGCGAUCACAAUGGCGAUGUAUUUGCAUUGAGGAACCUUUCACAAACUUAAACACAGCUCACUCGAUCUACGAUGAGAUGGUGUUUAAUGAGAUCAAACAAGCGUUCCGAGAAAGUCAUGACGAGUUGAAUGGCAGCUCUGAUCAUGUUAUGGCCGUUACCGCUUCUCAAAAGGCGUCCAAUUCGACUCAAAAUGCUGCAGCCAGUGGUCGAAGCAGCGCAACAAGUGGAUCAAGCUUGAUGGAAAAUGACAGUGAAAGGCAGCCAUCACCGGUCAGCCAGCUUUUCGAGAAGGCUCAUACAACGCGCUGGAACAAUGCCAAUUCUCCACCGUCUUCCAAGUCGAAUAUGAAUGGAAACAACCAAGCAGGACAAAAGCGAAACAGUUAUCAGCAAUCUGGAACUUACCGCAGCUACCGUCCAAACAAUAAUCAAGGACCGAGGAAGAGCUACAACAAUAGGAGCUAUCACAACCAACAGCGGAACGGUGCACCCACCCCUAAUGGUCCAAAUUGU